AUGGGUAACGCGUCUUCGUUAGAGAACAUUACAACGACAAGUGAAAACACAGAGAAAAAACCUGAAAAAGAACAAACUAAUGAAAAAACUGAAAAAAAACCUGAAAAAGAACGAGAACAAACUAGUGAAAAAACUGAAAAAAAACCUGAAAAAGAACAAGAACAAUCAAAUGAAACUUUGGACCAAGAAAAAACAAGUGCUGGCGGACCCAUUGAUCCUGAUACCGGUGAAAUAGACUGGGAUUGCCCUUGUCUUGGAGGUAUGGCUAAUGGUCCAUGCGGUGAACAGUUCAAAGCCGCAUUCUCUUGUUUUGUUUAUUCAACUGCUGAGCCAAAAGGAUCCGACUGUUUGGAAGCAUUUAAAGAAAUGCAAUCUUGUUUUCGAGCUUAUCCGGAAUUCUAUGGAGAAG